AUGCUCAAGUCUCUUGCUCUCGGCCUUUUGGCCGCUCAAAGCGCCGCUGCGCUGCGGUUCGCUAUGUACAUUGACCAAUACCACACGACCGAUCUUCCCAGCGGGAAUCAGACACAAGGCAUUGACCAUGCCAUCAUGGCUUUCGCACCUUCCAAGAUCUUCAACUCCGAUUCGGCUCCCGAUUUCAAGCCCUUCGAGUCUCCCGAGAAUAUGCGCAAGCGUUUCGGCCCUGACACCAAGCUCAUGAUUGCUAUCGGUGGAUGGGGUGAUACUGAGGGCUUCUCUGCCGGUGCGAAGGACGACACCACUCGCAAGCGCUUCGCCAAGAAUGUCGCUUCCAUGCUGGAAGCCAACGACUUUGACGGUGUCGACAUUGACUGGGAAUAUCCCGGAGGCAACGGCCAGGACUACAAACAGCACCCCAACAAGGACAAGGUCGACGAAAUCGAGACUUACCCCAAGUUCCUCUCCGCCAUCCGCGAGGCCAUCGGAAACAACAAGACCCUUUCCAUCGCUGUCCCUGGACGCAAGGUCGACAUGAUCGCCUUCAACAAGGAGCAGGGUCCCGACAUCUUCAAGUCCGUCGACAUGGUCAACGUCAUGAGCUACGAUAUCAUGAACCGCCGCGAUAACGUCACUUUCCACGCCAGCAGCGUCGAGGACUCCCUCGAUGUUAUCAACGACUACCUCUCCUUCGGUGCUGACGCUGAGAAGCUCAACCUCGGAUUCGCCUACUACGCCAAGUGGUUCACCACCGACCCCGACUCGGACUGUGAGGAGCACCCGCUCGGCUGCAAGGUUGUGAAGCUUGAGGAGGACGAUGGAAGUGACAACGGCAAGUCUGGUGCUCUGACCUUCGAGAAGAGUGUUCUGUCUGCGCCUCCCAAGGACCUUAAGGUUUCCACCAACGGCAAGUGCGGUGCUAGCGAGGGUACUAAGUGCCCCGAGGGACAGUGCUGCAGUGCCUACGGUAACUGUGGCUCCGGCAACGACUUCUGCAUGGCCGGCUGCAUGUCUGACUACGGAACCUGCAAGGGCAUCUCCAUCACCGACUCCUGGCGCCGCGCCGAGAAGAACGGUAAGACCGAUGAGAAGGCCGGUGGUCAGUACUACUGGGACAAGGAGACCAAUCUCUUCUGGACCUGGGAUACCCCCGAGAUCAUCACCCGUAAGUUCAACGACAUUGUCGAUACCAAGAAGCUUGGUGGUGUUAUGGCUUGGAGUCUGGGUGAGGAUACCUACAAGUUUGCUCAUCUUGAUGCUAUGCAGGAUGGUGUCAAGCAGUCUACUCAGAAGAAGGCCGAUGGCAAGAAGAAGGAUAAGAGGCACUCCUAA